UGAAUCACAGCUUUAGAGGGGGAAGUCGAGCACAAUAAACUCAGUUCACCCAAACCAAACACACUUCUGCGCACAGUGCUCCUCUCAACCACCAGCUGAAAAUUCAAAAUCAUCUCUUAUUGCUGUUUUUCUUUUUCUCAUUUUAAAGAACGAAAGAGUGACUUUCGCACCUGAGAGACAAAGUUUGAGAAGAAGGGAGGCUGAAGUUUUAUGAGUGCACAUGGCGGCUCUGAUCAGCGCGUAUUCCUCCUGGCCGGAGAGUUUUGAGUGCUCUGCGGGAAACGGGGACGUACCUGACGGACACACCUCCCUCAGAGCUCCUGCGGACAAGGUGUCGGAGCCGCGCAUCAGGAGACCCAUGAACGCCUUCAUGGUGUGGGCCAAAGAUGAGCGCAAGAGACUGGCUGUUCAGAACCCAGAUCUCCACAAUGCAGAGCUAAGCAAGAUGCUGGGAAAGUCAUGGAAAGCAUUAACUCCGCCGCAGAAGAGGCCAUAUGUUGAGGAAGCGGAGCGGCUGAGGGUGCAGCACAUGCAGGACUACCCCAACUAUAAAUACCGUCCUCGUAGGAAGAAGCAGCUAAAGCGCAUCUGUAAACGCGUGGACCCUGGCUUCCUUCUGACCACACUAGGUCCAGACCAGAAUUCCCUACCAAAUCCACGUGGCUGCUGUCACCCCCUUGAUAAAGAUGAUGAGAGUGGCGUGAGUGGCAGUUCUGGUUUCAGUUCUCCCACUGCAUCUCUACCUGGUGUGAGGGUCUUCCGAGAUCCUGCAGGUUCCAAUAGCAGCUUCGAUACAUACCCAUACGGCUUGCCCACACCACCUGAGAUGUCACCUCUGGACGCCAUAGAUCACGAACACCAAUCCUACUACUCACCCUCCAGCUCAGUCUCCACAAGCUCCUGCUCUUCUUCCAGCUCUUGCCAUGAUGAAAGGCAUCCCACCCCUGUCCACAUGAGCAGUCCACCCUCUUACCAUACCGACUACUCCCAACAAGCAUCUCUGCACUGUGGGAGCCCACAUCUGGGCCACAUCCCGAUGCCUCACCAGGGAAGUGGGGCGACCCUCAUCCCCGCUCAUUCACUCUCUUAUUACAGCCCUUCAUUCCACCAGGUUCAGAUUCAUCAUGGGCAUCACGGGCAUCUGGGCCAGCUCUCACCGCCUCCGGAACAGGGGCACCUGGAAAGUCUGGACCAGCUGAGCCAGGCUGAAUUGCUGGGUGAGGUAGACAGAGAUGAGUUUGACCAAUACCUAAAUUCCACUAGUUAUCACCCUGAGCAGGGUGGGAUGACAGUCACAGGACACAUCCAAGUAACGCCGGUUUCCGUUUGUUCCAGCAGCGCAACGGAAACCAGUCUCAUCUCUGUGUUGGCUGAUGCCACGGCAGCCUACUACAACAACUAUAGCAUUUCAUAAACUGCAAAAUUAACAAAGACAAUUAGUACAGAGAGAGACUGGGCUUUACAUGGGUCAGCAAUAUGACUGGCAGGUAAACAAAAGGGGGCUGUGGAGGGAGCGGGGGAAAAAAGAGAAGCUACAGGAAGUCGGUGGACACCUCAGGGAUGCACAGAUAGAAAAAAUAACCUAAAGUUCAUUCCCAUCUUUGUUUCCAAAAGAGGAACGGAAGUAAAAAAAAAAGAAUUAUAUGGACAAACAUAGAAAUGCUCAUAUCUUGCCAUAAAAGCAUGUACAUAUGCUAUAAAGCUUAUUUAUACAUAUAUAUAAUUGCUUUGCAUUAAAGCUUAUUGUAUUGCUUUUAUUCAGUCCAAAUAUAUUAAUUUUUAAAAAACAUUUUUAAACCUCAAUUUGUUUUACCUCAAGAAUGAUUUAAGUGAGUCUGGUCUCGUCCGCAUAUCUUUUAUUGGACAUAGUUUAUAUUUUUCAGUUGCCCUUUUCCCCCCCUUUACCUUCAUUUACAAAUAUAUGUACUCAUAAACAGUUAAUAUAAUAAUACUAUUAAAUACUUCUGUAUGCCAGUUAAAGUUUUUCAUAUUAACUUAAUUCAAAUAAAAUAUUGAGUUUAUACAUUUUGCAUUCUCAACUUUGAUAUAUUUACCCAUUUCAAUAUCAGGCAGAUAAACAUAGCACUGAAACAAUAUUGAGGUUUGAACACUGUCCUAUUUAACCGAUCUUGAAGAUGGACUUCAUAAUGAAUUGCAUUGUGUAUACCCAUAUAAGCACAGCACUGUGUCUGUUGGUCUGGACAUAAGACAAAAAAUGUUGCAGAUACUCUUCAUUGUUUUGUGAAAUAUUAACAGAAUGUUCUGAUGUCCCAUCUGAACUAGACAUCGCAAAAAAAAAACAACAAUAUAAAUACUGGUCGAAAGAAUCAAGCUUUUGUAAUUACUGAUAGACCACACUUUGACUUCUAUUGUAAAGCUGCUCUUUUAUCUGUUUAAUAGUAUUAUUAUUAUUAGUAGUAGUAGUAGUAGUAUGAUAUAAACUGCUUCAUGGGAACUGCUUUACGGGAAAUAUUUUAUUUACAGCUAAACUAUUUGUUUUAAUAAUUUUAGAAGCAUUUUGCACUGAUUUAUUUCAGUUAGUACUGAUUUGUUGUAGCAAAAUUUUAAGUCCCCGCAAGGACCUGCAACCAGAUGUAAAAAAACUCUUAAGUUAAGAAAAUCUUUAGUGUCAAUAAGGGUUUUCUUAACUUGCAAUCGGGCUCAGACCUCUACAAUUUGGUGCACUGUAUAUGUCAGGCCGUUGCCAUAACCACUGCACUGGAAACAGUAACCACCCUGUGUUCCCAGUUUGCUAUCACCAACACCCAUUUUACACUCAGUUUCACUCCUCCGCAGAUCAGAGGAUUAGUGUAAAACAGGCUCUGCUGUUUUUCUCCCCGCCUCCAUCUCCACAGGCCUUUUGUUUCCCCCUGUCUUAUUCUGGGUGCGUGUCUUAAGCAGAAUGUUGGAACUCCCCUCCCCUGCCUGUCCUAUCUUGCUGAUGCAGACUUUCAUAAUCUCUGCAAAAUAAAUACACCUUGUCCCCGUCAACUGUUUUACACGUUCAUCGUUUUUUGUCUCUCUUUUCAAAUUCCUCCUCUUUUUCGAUAAAAGGAAUCUGAAGUGGGGGAAAGAGGGAGGUGGUGGCGGGCGUUUGACAAAUCCUGGAGUCUGGCUUGGUCUUCCUGCGUUUUUUGGGAACGGUUGAGUCGUGUUUCUCGUAAAAAGGAUGUGGCGGAGAGGCAGUGUUUCCUGCCUGAUAAGAGUAAAGCCUCUCUCCAUCAGGAUGUUUGGGCCCUGGCUGGUCCCUGCAUUUAAAGAGCCCAUGGUGAGGGAAAGGGAACCUGCUGUUCGUUUUAGCAGAGAGGAAACAUGGCUCUUGUUGAUUAAUAUCUCACACCGUGGUUUUUUAGGGCAUCAAUUUGACUUUCCUCUGGUUUGGCCACACACCCGACUCAGCACAGAUUUCUUAAUCUGUUUCUGUCAGUGGCAAUGAAGACAAGUGGCAGUAGCUCAUGGUUAUGAUGUGAUUUGUGAAUCAUGCUGUUUUACAAAUUUUUAAGAAACAUUUCAGUCAAUGUCUGAUUCAGUGUACUCAACUUUGGUCCAUAUAGUCAAUAAAAUGUGAACAUUCAUCAUGUGCUAGUGACUCCAAUUUCUUUUCAUAAGUGAGGUUCUAAUUACCUGCCUAUGGCUCAAUGUUUAAGGUGGGAUGUUGCAUUUGGGAGAAAGGGUGAUUAGGACGAGGCCUAACUUGUGGAUUAUUGCCCAGACACCUCUAGGGUCAGGGUUAGCAGGACCAGUACAACCCAUUCCACUGCCCUGGAGGAAUGGCAUUGUGUCACGGCAAAAAACAAUGAGAUCAACAUUAGUAAGUGAUCUAGAGGAGUAAGCCAUAUCGUGAAUAUCCCAUUUUUUUAUUUGAUUGGACAGAUUAAAGUACGAAGCUUCUUAGAAGUAAGGGAGGAAUUUAUGUUCUGAGAUAGUUUUGCAAUUCCUUGAAAUACAUGGCCUUACCAGGCAAUAAGAGUUCCCUGGCAAUAGCUUUAUCCCUCCUUUACAAAAAGUAAAUAUCGUUUUACUUUGGAACCAUAGUAGAACUAUGGUAUUUAUCGUAAAACUAUAACAGUUACAAAAAAUUAAAAAGGAAUAGUUUUACUAGAGGAACACCAUGGUUUAUUUGUGCUAUAUGUACCACCAUUUUUAAUACCACAGUUCUUCCCGAAAAGAAAAAAACAAGUUACUAAACUCAUUGUUCCUGUAGUUUCACUAUGCGAAAUUAAGAUUCAUUUUCGUAAGGGCAUGUUUUUUUGGU